AUGGAACGAGCCGGAGUCUCCGGAAAGUGCUUGGCGUUCUUCCGUGCGCUCUAUGCAGACUCGUGGAUGCGCAUCCGACUGGGCGACCGCUCAAGAACCCCUUCCAGAAGAAUCCGCCGUGGACUGCGGCAGGGCGACCCCGCAUCCCCGCUCCUUUUCAACAUCUUCAUCAACGAUCUGCUUAACAACUGCAGACAAUACGGGCUUGAGGUGCCGUGGAUAGACUGUGGAGAUGCCCGGUGA